CUCCUCACGGGGCGGCGGGGAAAUGGAGCGGCGCGGCCCGACCCCUCCGCGGGGCCUCCGCCGAGCGGCGGCGGUGCGGAGCGCGGCUCCCUCCAGCAGCGAUGGCAAAGCGCAAACAGCGCCGCCGAAAGCCCAGAGGCAGAACCAAACCCGGGCGGCGGAGGGAGGCGGGGGCGGCCGCAUCGCAGCCACAGCUUUCGGCCUUUCACACAACGCCUCCGUCCGCCCAGCGCCGCACAGCAGCGCCCCGGGGCCGCGGUGAUCGCAGCGCUGCCAUCCGCCCCGGCCCGGCUCACCUUCCUCCGGACGCAGCCGCAGCCGCAGCCCGGGCCUCGCUCUGCUCGUUGCCGUUGCACGGUGUGAAGCACGUGGUGAAACCUUUGGCAGCAGUAGCGGCGCUGCUGUACUGCUGGUGCCACAGCGCUGUCGCACAGAGUUUUACGGCGGUUAAAGAGAUGAUAUUUCCAUCACAAGUCUACUUAAAGGAGCUAAAUGCAUUCAAAGAGCAGCUGGAAAAGCUGGAAAUGGAAUUUUCCAGACUACAAGGAAUCCUCCAGAAGAGUGGAAUUAUGACUUUGUCUUCAGAAAGCUCUCAUUGCCAGAGGUGCAGUAAAACAGUUCUGGGUGCUCCUGUAGAAGUGCAGCCAGACCCUCCACCGUCAGUUCCUGGGCCUCCUGCAGUGCAGCUGCAGCCCACAGCUGUGCCACCGCCUCUUCCUCCUCCUCCUCCACCUCCACCACCACCACUGCCACCACCAAAACUGCCUGCAGCACCUCUCCUCCUUAAACGUGGCAAUGGCUCUAAAGCACUUCUGGAGCCAUCAGUCAAAAAAGAUGCACCAAUGCACAUCACUCUCAAAGAUCUCCUGAAUGUAAAGCUAAGGAAGACGGACAGCAGCCUGAGAACAGACAAGGCAGGAUCCCCAGCGAGGACACGCAGGGCAUUAAUUACAGUCUCUGAUUUACAGAGUGUUAAUCUGAGAUCCAAAUCCAAGCCAUCAGCUCACGUUACAAGCUCCUUAAAUACCCCACCUAAAAACCAGUUAGAUCUUCGGAAACAUCUUAAGAAAGUCAAUAUACAAAGAAGUCCUGGUGGCACUCCGCUAAAUAAAGAAAACACUGAAUGUGGGACUGGGCUGACACCGAUUAUGACACAGGCACUACGGCGUAAAUUCCAGAUGGCACAUCCGAAGAGUCCCUCACCGGCCCGGCUGAGCGCUGCCAACAGCUUUGAUGAGCACAAGUAAGGUUUACACAGCAGUGUGUUUUCAUUGAUGGUCAGGGAGCUGCUCGGAUCGCAUUUUAAGGUCACUGAGGCACACUGAAUGUGUGUGAGUGCAUUUGGGAAGGGGGCAUUCUGAAAACACUUUGUCCAAAGCCUGCCCUUUCUAAGGCAACGUCUUACAGCCUGCGUCUCAAUCUGGUUAUGUAUUUAGUAAGACAAAAGGAGGUUUUCUCAGUAUUUUAAUACCUGACUGCUGCUGGAACGGGGACUGUUGUGUUCCUGGUGCUGCUUCUGCUUGUAAUAUACGUGUGUUUGUUUAUGGAAA